GUUAAAGUGAUAAUGGAUCCACCUCAUUCUAUCAACGUAGCACUUGGUUUGAGGAACACUUCUUUAGACAUUAAUUGAAAUGGUCAUCUCAAUACUAAUGAGGAAUUUGAAUAAUUUUUUUCCUACUGGUGAAUACAACCACAUUUCAUCCACUUGCGAAAAGAAUAAAUUAAAUCAAAUUUUACUUUUAAUUUUAGAUGCUGGUUUCAAUUUGUGGAGAAGUGCUAGCAAUGAAAUGAUGGAAUUUGUGAACUUUCAUCUUGAACCCUUUCUAGUCUCAUGGCAACAGUUAUUUGUUUAACAAUCCAUUAUUUCUUCAAUUUAAAGUAUUAUCUCUCACAACAAAUUGAUUAUAAUUUGCAAAAUCAAUGGAAAUCGUAACUUUCUUCUAGAUAUCAUUUCUCUAACGCAUUAGCCAUGGGGACUUAAUUCCUUUCAAUUUUG